AUGGAUAAUGUGGUUGCUGAUGUGACUUUGGCAUUCCUGUGCUAUUUCACAAGGAAGUUAUUGGUAAUUUUGGUUGACACRUUACUUCUCAAUGUUUUCAAAUUAUUUUCAAUUCUYUUUUCCCAAGUAAACUGUUUGAAGAGAAUAGAAGAAAUUACAGGAAAAAGUACAGCAUUUUACAAAGAGGAUUUACUCAACAUUCAAGGUUUACAAAAAGUUUUCAGUCAGCACAAAUUCGAGGGUGUUCUACAUUUUGCUGGRCUGAAAGCUGUAGGAGAGUCUGUUCAAAUUCCUAUCAGAUAUUAUCACAAUAACUUGAGUGGUACCUUAAAUUUAAUUCAGUGCAUGAAGGAGUAUGGAGUAUACAACAUGGUGUUCUCAUCAUCUGCCACAGUUUAUGGCAAGCCAGAGUUUCUACCCAUGACAGAGGAACAUCCUGUUGGCAAUGGAAUAACCAGUCCUUAUGGAAAAACUAAAUACUUUAUUGAAGAAAUGCUGAGAGAUAUUUGUCUUUCUGAAAAGAAAUGGAAUGUUGUGUCACUCAGGUAUUUCAAUCCUGUCGGUGCUCAUAUAUCAGGAAAGAUUGGUGAAGAUCCUAAGGGUAUACCUAACAAUCUUAUGCCAUAUAUUACCCAAGUUGCAGUUGGAAAACGACCAUACCUCAAURUUUUUGGAAAUGAUUACAAUACAUCAGAUGGAACUGGAGUAAGAGACUACAUCCAURUUGUUGAUCUUGCUUUGGGUUUUGUUGCUGCCUUGAAGAAAAUAGAGCAAAAUUGUGGCUGGAAGGUUUACAAUCURGGAACUGGAACUGGAUAUUCAGUAUUAGAUAUGGUGAAAGCGUUUGAAAAAGCAUCUGGUAAAAAAAUUCCAUACAAGUUUGCAGAGCGCAGAGCUGGAGAUGUAGAUUCUAUGUAUGCUGAUGCAUCAUUAGCUGAGAGGGAACUGAACUGGAAAGCAACCAGAGAUCAUGACACYAUGUGUGAAGAUUCAUGGAGAUGGCAAAUGCAGAAUCCAAAUGGCUUUAGAGAAUAAUCAAAAAUGUAAAUUCGAAGAGAACAACACUCUAAAAAAAUAAACCCUCAUCAAUAUCGAGGAACGCUGGGUAUAGAGUAAAUAAUGGAGAAAUUAGGAGAAAAUUACUGUAUACUCCUCAAAAAGCUCAACCUUGAAUAAUUUAAUAUGAUAUAUAUGUAAUAUUGUUACACUUUUAGGUUAAUUGUUAGAGUACAAAUUACACUAAGAGUGAUGAGCAACAGUGAUUCAUUUUUAAAACGUUAGUUUUUUAGAGAAAAGCGUUAGCAGCACUUGAAAAAGCGGUAAUGACCGUUAAAAACGGCCGUUUAACUCUAAAGCGUUAAGACACGUUUUCUCGUGAGAGGUCGCAUAUGACAUAGUGACUAUGUAUAGCUAUUUCAAAARCCGUUGUCGGGGAGAACGGUGAACGCGGCGAUUGUCGAAGCAAGGUAGAUUGCACGACCAAAAGUUGGUUGCACUGYUUUGAUAAACAAAAUUUCACUUAUUAGAACUGGAGACUAAAUGGAGCCAAUGUUUACCACAGACAAUCUUACAGUACAAAUCAGUUAUUUCCUUUCAACUAGAAAAACCCAUGGCUACUUUCGGUC